ACAGGGGAAGGUUCCUCUUCAUAACACUUCAUCUUUCAUCCGUGCACACGCCCUUCAAGACUUGUUACAGGUGGAUUUCACUGGAUCAAGUUAAAGUUAUGGCUGACGCAGUUUCAAAGUCUGGGAAAGGUGGUUCCUGUCCAGAGUUAAGGAUUGUUUUAAUCGGGGGAAGAAGAAGCAAAAGAAAUAAAAGUUCAACUGGAAACUUGAUACUCGGUCAAAAUGUUUUUGACACCAGCAGUAGAACUGAUCAAAGUACAGCAAGACAGAAAGAGGUUCACGGCAGACUAGUGACCGUGGUUGAUACUCCAGGAUGGUGGUGGGGAUAUCCUCGAGAAAACACUUCAGAACUGGACCAGAUAGAAAUCCAGAACAGUGUCCAUCUUUGUCCUCCAGGCCCUCACGUCUUUCUUCUGGUCAUUCCUGUUGAGUUUAAUUUUCCUCUGUCUGUAAAAUCAUCUCUGAAAGAACACUUGGAACUUUUUAAUGCAGAUGUGCUCAAACACACAAUUCUGCUGUUCACUGCAUUUUCCUCAUACAGUGAGGAAAACAUUCAACAUUUGAUCAAAAAGUACACAUCAGUUCAGCAGAUUCUUCAACAAUGUGGAAACAGAAAACAUUUUCUUCAUAUCAGUGAGAGCGCCGACAGAACCCAAGUCUUGGAGCUGUUCAGGAAAAUUGAAGAACUGGUUACAAACAACCUCAACAAUCCUUACUCAGUGGAUGAAACUCAAGGAAUCAUUUUGACAUAAAAACUUCAAAGUUUUGUUGAAAAUGCAUCAAGAAGACGCA